CACUGUGCGUGCCCUCACUGGUGAUCACGUGACAGGGAAGCCCGUGGAAGGAAGAGACACAAAGCAAAAAACGGGAAGAAAACCUCUGGCAGGGAAAACGUCUUUGGCCGCAGCCCUCAGACAAGAAAAGAUGGAGACAUGUUGAGCUGUGAGUGAGCUCCAAUGGUGAGGAGGGGGAGUGGGAGACAAAUGCUGGAUAUGAGAUAGACAGGUAAGUAAAAAAUCAACUGAGGGAGAGGAGGCAAGAUGAAGCUGAACGAACGUAGUGUGGCGCACUACGCCACCUGCGACUCACCGCCAGACAAGACGGGUUACCUGUUCAAAAAGGGUGAGCGCAACACAGCUUACCACCGCCGCUGGUUCGUCCUCAAGGGCAACAUGCUCUUCUACUUUGAGGAGCGUGAGAGCCGCGAGCCCAUCGGUGUCAUUGUCUUGGAAGGAUGCACCGUGGAGCUGUGCGAGUCGGCUGAGGAGUUCGCCUUCGCCAUCAAGUUUGACUGUGCCAAAGCCCGGGUCUACAAAAUGGCUGCUGAGAACCAAGCAGCUAUGGAAUCAUGGGUGAAGGCGCUGUCCCGGGCCAGCUUUGACUACAUGAGGCUGGUGGUGAAAGAGCUGGAGAGGCAGCUGGAGGAGAUCCAGGAGGCUGCGGGAGGCGGAUGUGGUGGGGCUGGAGGACUGCAGGGCAAGGCCAAGUCCUCCAGGCGAAACCAGGUGGCACGGUCCAGGUCUGGAGCAUCCUCUUCAUCGUCAUCUUCAUCUACGUCAUCAUUAUCAUCAUCCAGUGCCCCUCCUCCACCAGUCCCCUUCUAUUCCCAUCGGAACCCCCAGGAUGAGGUACAGCUCAUAUCUGGGGGUUCCAAGGAGAACGGGGUAGCGUGGACUAAACCAGCCAUUUCCUUGGCUAAUGGGUUUGGGGAGGGGGCUUCAUCCUAUGUGCCCUGGGAAGGUAAUGCAGACUCUGGGAAUGGCAGUGUCAGUGGGGGUAGCGUGGAUGGUAUGAGGCCUCCACCUGUGCCUCCUCGGAGAAGAGGAGCAUCUCUGGAGAGUCCCGUCUCCCCGGGUACCGGCUGCUUCUCCAAGCUCCACGACUGGUACGGCAAAGAGGUGGAGGAACUGAGGGUGGAGUGGCUGCAAAGCCAGUAAAGUGUUGGAGUCAGAGCAUUUCUUUCCACCUCAUAAUUAUAUCAUUCCUUUCUGAACUUUCUACAAUAUUAUAUAGACUUUUUGAACACAGCCGGAAGGUCAACGAACUGCAGUUUGAGUCACUGCUAGAAUGGAUUAGACUAAAAAUUCCUGAGAUUGAUUGUAGAUCUUGUCUGGUACAGGAGAAUCAAUCAGUUUGUCUAAACUGUUAACACCAUCCAUCUUAGAAAGGUAAAGCCACUACAAAAUAGACACUUUUUCCUAGCUGAGCUAAGAGAAGUUUGCCAAGACUAACAUAAAAUGUGUAAUGCUGGAUUUAAUACCUCUUAAAUAAGUUACUAAAAACUAUAUCCCAGCUGACAAUUCCUCAGUUUUGGCAGCAAGAUGUAAAUACAUUCAGAUAAAUGUUGUUUGGAGAUGUAUUCAGUGACAUACACAAUUGUAAGCUCUAGGUAUCCUUAAUUGGCCCUGUGAUAAAACAAGUGCACAGCAAACUAUGCUUGGAUUUUAUUGCGCUGCCAACAUUCAAGAUUAUUCUGCCAGUUCUGAAUAUGUCUCAUUUACCAUUUAGGGCUUGGUUUCUGCAAAUCAUCUUACCACUAAGAUCAUUUUUAAUCCAUUGACUCAUAGUGGAAUGAUGAUGCUUUUGGGCUUGGAGGUGCUUUGGGGAAAGCCAGCCCUGAUCUUCCCCCAGACUCCCACUAGGGCACAUUUCACCCCAGAGGACUUUGGUGCUUAAUGUCAGAGAGAGCAUCCUCUCGACAGGCAGUGGGGGCCGCGGUGGGAGCUACAUGUCUCGCUAAGAGCAACACAUUCUGGUAUUUUUAGCUCUUGUUAGCCAACAGCCAGAUGAUGCUGUGUCAUGUGAAUGAUUGUCACUUGCUCCUUUUUUUGACUUCUGUUUCAAAAAGGAAAUUAUUUAACCUUGAACAGAGAACACUUACAUUGUCUUUGUAACUCUUUGUUCAUUUUAUAUUAAGAGAGGAUAGAUUAUAUACACUCAAAUUAUAUCUUUAUUGUUUUAUAUUUUAUCACACCAUUGAUUUGUUACAUUUGAUAAAGUAUGACAUCUGAAUGUUAUUGAAUGAGUGUACUGUUAACUGAUAUAGGCCUGAGCGUAAAACCUCUCAGUAUCUUUAAAGAUAUUAGUUAUUCCAUGUUGGAAAUUCAAGUCCAGUAACACCAGCACUCUACAAAAUAGGUCAUGUAAAAUGAUCACUUCUGUUUCUAUAUCCAAUCAUAACAGUUUACAUUUUUGCUUUAUAUGUGCCUUAUGAUUUCUUUCUAUCUCUGUUAUUGCACUUGCGACCAUUGCCACAGGGCCACAGUGACAGAGGAUUUUGUCUUCCUUUUCUCAUUUUCUACUGUACGGCUCAUUUUUCUUUCUAGCCAAAGCUUCAUCAGUUUGUGACAAUGGCUCACUUCCUCCAGCCUGCAUCAAUGCACAGCUCUAUUAUUAUUAUUAGAGUGUGUUGGGCUUGUAUCUGAAGAUAAAUGACAAGAUGGGAAAGAGUGGUACGAUUGGGAUUGUUUUUUUUUUUUUUUUUUUGAAAAAUCAGCUCUGUGGAGAUGACAUGCUAUUGAUGUUUACCGAUGUUUUGAUGAUUGAUGUUUUUGACAGUCAUGGUUGUGAUAAUAACAAUUUUAUUGUCCCCCUUGGGAGGGUUCUUAUAUUUACUGAUGAUAGCCCUGUGUUUCAUUCAGUUUUGAUUAAUAUUUUAGGGAUUUCAAGAAUGUGUAAAAUUAGCAACAUGUAUAAAAAUUCAACCUAUGUCUUUAUUCAAGAGUGCCAAAUGUGGGAUGCAACAUAAAUGCACACCUACACUCAGUGCAUCAUUUUCCUCAUGAGAUUUUAGGAACAUUUUGCAAUAAUAUGUAACACCAUAUCUGUAACACUUUUGAAUAACCACUAAUACUUAACAGACUGUAAUGAAAUGAAAUGACUGUACCUUGAAAAGAUCUUUGUGAAGCAUUUAAACACAAAUAAACACUGUUACUCUUUAAA